GGAAUCUUUCACUAUUGGGUUAGUCCCUUUUACUUUCGGACAUCUCCCUGAACAGACGCGUUUUCGAACAGCACUUUUAGGCAGUUUCAUCUCUAAAAAAAUCAAACAUUAUAAAAAAGUUACUAAAAAUUUGAGUCGAAUCGCAGAUAUGGAUAACUUAAACGACGCCGAACUCUUCGUACUCGACGACGACUCCGAGGAUAUGUUCGAGGGAGACGAGUCUCCUGCCGAUGUCGAUGAUGAUGAGGGUGAUGAUGAGCCCAUGGACAAGUCCAAGGCCAUGACACCAGACGACCAGGAGCUCAAAACCAAGUCAGAGGCCAAAGAUGGGAAUGCAAGCGACAUGGCGCAGAAUGGGGAGAAGGACCCCGAAAUGAAGAUGGAUGUGGAUCCAGAUGACCAGCCCACAACCAGCAUGAAUUGCCAGCGCAAUCGCAUGCGCUUCCAGAUCAAAAAAUGGAAUGCUGUGGCCGUGUGGGCCUGGGAUAUUAAUGUCAACAAUUGUGCCAUUUGCCGCAACCCGAUCAUGGAUCUAUGCAUCGAAUGCCAGGCUAAUCCGAAUGUCAACUCCUAUGACGAAUGCACCGUGGCCUGGGGUGCCUGCAACCAUGCCUUCCAUUUCCAUUGCAUCUCACGUUGGCUCAAGACGCGCCACGUCUGUCCGUUGGAUAACCGUGACUGGGAGUUCCAGAAGUAUGGUCGCUAGUCAUUGAUUAUAUAGUUGAUAUUGCUGCCAUUCCUUUGCCAAUAAACGUUUUUGAAUUUUCGCCCCUCCCUGACCUGA